AUGAUCCGUGAUCCAUACCGAGCGCGCGCUUACGACUGGAUCGCGAUGCUCUGCAUGCGACUGUCCAUGCUGAGCACUGGUAUUCAUCAGCGUGCCGUUGGUACGGAGAAUCUGCUUCCGCCUGAUGCCACUGUGCUUUAUGUGUGCAAUCACAAUUCGUACCUGGACAUCUACACGGUGUCGUUUCUAGGCCGGUUUUUCAAGUUUGUCUCCAAAAGAAGCAUUUUUGCGAUCCCUAGUAUCGGCUGGGCGGUGGGCAUGGCUCGUCAAAUCGGGAUUGAGCGGGAUAGUCGACGGGAUCAACUGCGGGUCUUUCGAGAAAUGGUUUCGCGACUGGAACGCGGGGUGUCGCUGUUGCUUUUUCCGGAGGGCACGCGCUCGAAAGACGGGAUGCUCCGUGCUUUCAAACAGCGCCCGUUUCGGGUCGCAAAGCAAGCUGGGGUACCGAUAGUUUCACUGACGAUUACAGGCACGGCGGAAGUGAUGCCGCCCUGGGCGCUGGCACCGCUGCGGAGGCCUAGACAGCGGAUCACGCUAACCAUUCAUCCUGCGAUCCAAACUGCGGAUCACGCUAACCAUUCAUCCUGCGAUCCAAACUGCGGAUCAUAG